AUGAUCCUGCGACGACGACUUGCCAUCCCAACGGCGCUCGUCGUCCUGUUUUUGUUCUUCACUUUGCAGACUCGACGCUCGUCAAAGGACCCCCAGCCGGACCCAAUAGCUGCCGAGAACGAUCAUUCGAGCGACCCUCUCAAGCCCCAAGCGACAGAAUGGGUCAACCCGCCUACAUACAAUGCCGUGGGCUCAGAUCAGCCCAGGCAACACAAGUCUAUCUCAUCGCAUCCGAUUCAGGAUCUGGCGCAGGAUGCGCGGCGCGAAUUCGAUGAAAUACGGAAGCGCCAAUCCGCCUCGCUGGACGAGGCCGUCAAGGAGUACAGGAGGAGGUACAACAUGCCGCCGCCACCUCACUUUGACAAAUGGUUCGCGUUUGCCAAAGAAAACAAUGUACAACUGGUGGACGAGUUCGACACGGUGUAUAACCUGAUUAUGCCCUUCUGGGGCCUCCAGCCAAAGACGAUCAGAGAAAGGGCAAAGGAGGCGCUGGGCGCCGACAACUUUCUGAUGGGCCUGGCGAUUCGAGGUCAUGAGGUUACGUACAUUCAAGGCGCGCAAGAGUGGCAGCAAGAGGCGACGAAGGGUAUGAUGGAGAAAUUUGUGCAGUAUCUACCCAACAUGGACCUGGCUUUCAACAUUCACGACGAGCCGAGAGUGGUGGUUCCCCACGAUGACAUGUCACGUCUCGUGGCCAAGGCCAAGGACGUCAACAUCCCAGCGGCGAAUGCCAUCAAGUCUCCGUCCAAUGAUUUCAGUCAGACUUCACCAGAGCUGAGUGAUGGCCUGGGCUUUGACGAGACUAAAGUCACGAGGUUCAAUGUCUUUGCGCAUCAGCCGACGUGGACACAUGCUCGCAUGUCCUGUCCACCAACGAGCCCGUCCCGCGUGCUCGAAGAGAGCGAGAGGAUGGACCAUCGCAGUGAAUACGGCUACAGCGACCUCGGGUUCAUCUACAACGCCACGGCGUCAACCGAUGUCUGUCUCUCACCAUCGCUAAGCACAUCGCAUGGUUUCUUCAACGUACCAAACUCCUUCAAUAUUGUCCACGACCUCUUCCCUAUUUUCUCUCAGUCAAAGAUCUCCACCUUCAAUGACUUGAUCUACCCUUCUCCGUGGUACUGGUACGGCAAGGUCACCUACGAUGGAGCUACGGACAUGUCAUGGGCGGACAAGAAGGACCAGCUGUACUGGCGCGGCUCCACGACAGGAGGCUUCAGCCGAAACGGCGGCUGGCGUCAUCAACACCGGCAACGUUUUGUGCAGAAGAUUAACGGUCCCGACGAAGCACAGAUCAUGGUGAACCAGGUCACCGACCCCUCCCCUGAGUGGCAUGUUCAAUUGUCUCCUAGAGGUGACCACCGCGCCCUUAUCGAUGUUAGGUUCUCACACAUUGGCCAGUGUGAUCCCGGCGACUGUGAGUCCGAGAUCAACUUCUUCAAUCCGGUCGUGAACGAGGAUCUGUCAGCUGCUUGGGGAUACAAGUACCUGUUGGACAUGGAUGGCAACGCGUUCUCGGGGCGGUUCUACGCUUUCCUCCAAAGCAAGAGUCUUGUAUUCAAGAUGGCCCUGUUCAGAGAAUGGCACAACGAGUGGUUGAAGCCUUGGCUGCACUAUGUACCUCUCAGUUUGCAGGGGGACGAUUGGCUAGAGAGCGUGAGGUUCUUUGCAGGCUCCGCUGGUAAGCAGCAAGCCCAGAAUAUUGCGGAAGAGAGUCGUAGCUGGGCGAACAAGGUGGUUAGAAAGGAAGACAUGGAAGCUUGGUUCUUCAGGCUUCUUCUAGAGUACGCCCGCGUGAUCGACGAACAGCGCGAGGUUAUUGGCUUUGAUCCAGGGAGUGCGAAACAGAAACUGCCUCCACCACAGGCUCAAAGUAAUGGUAAAGGGGGGCUAGAGAUGGCCUAA